UUGAGUCAAAUGACUUUGAUGAUCUACUGACUGAGGUACGGAAAGUUGAAGCCAGAAGAGACUGCAUCUUGAUGUUCAUGCUCAACCUAUAUGAAGAUGAAGAUAUUUGCAGAUCAAAUUUCUGUGUGUCAUUUAAGAAUGAGUUAGGAGCUGAUUUAGGUGGAGUAUCAAGAGACCUUUUUUCCUCCUUUUGGGAAAAAGCAUAUGAAGCCUACUUUGAUGGUGAUAUCAUUAAAGUUCCAUUUAUCCCACCACAUCAGAUGUCAAAUGCACAAGCAAUCUUCACAAAGCUUGGCAGAGUGUUCAGCCAUGGUYUCCUUCUAACCAAGACUAUACCAGUACGUUUUUGUCAAGUGUGUAUCAUCUCAUUGCUGUUUGGUGAAGAUAAAGUCAGUGACAAUCAACUCAUUUCCUCCUUUCUGAACUUUGUAACAACAUGGGAAAGGGAUCUGAUCAUUAGAGGCCUUCAAGGAAAGUUGACUACUGAUGAAGAUGAUGAUAUCCUGUCACUGUUUACAAGAUUUGGGAUGAGAUGUGCUCCCUCUAAUUCUGGAGAAAAGUUCAGAAGUCAGGUCAUUAAUAUGGCAAAAUCUGAGCUGCUGUACAAGCCAUGCACACUUUUGACGUGGAUGCUACAAGGCAUACCUGAAGACCAUUAUGAAAAGGUGCUACAGUUACACAAAGGAAGCCAAUAAGGGUUGCUUUUAAUGCAUCUAGUGGAAUUAUACGUGUUCCAUCAGCCUCUACCUGUGGAAGUACAGUUUUCCUUUCAACAACCUAUGAAUCACUUCAGGAAUUCAAGAAUGAGUUCAUUAAGGUACUUCAGGAUGACAAUUCCU